GGGAGCAGUUUGACGACGUAGACCGCUGAAGCAGAGGAAGCAUAAGGCAAGUCUCGUCUGGAUAUCUUAUUCACGGGUGUCUGGCUUCGGCGUGGAGUAACAAGAGUAACAGAGCCCAGGCUUAGAGAGAAGGACUGCCCUCACAAGAUGGGGGCUGUGCUGUCUCGGUGGAGGGCAAAGCCAACCACUGUGGAGGUCUUGGAGGGUCUUGAUAAGGAUAUCCAGGCCCUUGAGGAAUACAGAGAGAAGAACCAGAAGCAGCUGAAGUUAUGGGUUUACAGACUGCUGUUGUAUUCAGCCCUGCUGUACUUGAUAGCCUGUACAGUCGUCUACACGUGGUACAUCCCUGAGCAGAUGAUGGGAAAAUUAAUUGUGGCAUCACCAUUCUUGAUAUUUCCUCUGUUAGUUUGGCUGCUGAGGAAACUGCUGAUUGUUUUAUACAACAGACGAACGGAGACAAACAAUGAAAAAUUAGAAGAGCUGAAAGCAGACAAAAAGAAAAUACUUGAACAGGUCAUGGAAACUGAAACCUACAAAAAUGCCAAGCUGAUUCUGGAACGGUUUGACCCAGACUCUAAGAAAAAGCUUGAGUUAGAGGCUCAACCCAUUGGCCCACCUGCAACUCCAAGGCCAGGCCAAGAGCUGCGUCAGCGGCAUGUGUCCCCUCGUCCUGCUGGACUUCCACCUCUUGUCCCUGCCCCUGCAGUCCCCCCUACUCCACUGUCUGCCCCUGGAGGGCCGCCUGAAAAAGGUCUGUCUACCUCAACCCCACAUGGUCUGAUCAGGAGGCCUGGGACCCCGGCUGGCACGCCUGUGUCGUUAUUAAAAGCUGUCCCGGCCAGACCCGUCCUCCCCAGAGAGCGAGGUGCCAUGGACAGGGUCAUAGAGUACCUAGUGGGUGAUGGACCUCAGAACAGAUACGCUCUGAUAUGCCAGCAGUGUUUGUCUCAUAAUGGCAUGGCUUUAAAGGAGGAGUUUGAAUAUAUUGCGUUCAGAUGUGCCUACUGUUAUUUCCUGAACCCGGCCCGGAAGACACGUCCCCAGGCCCCGCGUCUCCCAGAAUUCACUGCAGCAACCAAGAUGAGCCAAGACCCCCCUGCUGUUGCCGUGGAGACAGACCUGUCUAGCUCUCCACCUGCCCCAGAGGGUAAAGCAGCCAGUCCAGGGCAUGUGAAAGCAGAACCUGGAGAGCAGCAAGCAGAAGAUAGCCUCUCAGAAGAAAAGAAGCCAGUAGAUGCAGAUCCCCAGACCGGCCUCCCUGACAAAUCAGACGGCGAACAUGAUGUGUCCGCCAUGGAAGUGGAAUAGAGCGAGAGAGAAUUUGCCAAUAUAAACCUGUCUGUUCAUCUUGCGUGUGUAUGUGUGUGUGUGGGUUUGAUUUUCAUGUUCUUUACCUUUAGUUUAUUUGUUUCCUUUUAAUAUCUACACAGUAUAAUUGCAGUGUUAUUUCAUAGAUUAAUAAGUCUAUGAAAUAGUUCAGUGGUCAAAGGGA